AUCCAUCCAUCCAUCCAUCCAUCCUGCUGAGUACUAUCAUAGUAUGCUAAAGAACGAUAGAAUGAAGUCUUUGGUUGGUCCGCAAACGGCUCCUAGCAUGGAUUGGGGUGGCAACAGCAAGCUCUAUGACCGCGAAGCGCAGAGCCGUGAAUUGCUGGAUGCGUAUAAGCGGAGUCUUUUGAGUGAUCAUUCGAGUAAAACGAAAGAACUGUGUCUGAUUACAGGACCUUCUGGUACAGGCAAAACGGCCUUGGCGCGUUCCAUUCAGCAGAGCGUGGAAGAACAAGGUGGAGGUUUCUUUCUCGGUGGGAAAUUUGAUGAUCAGAUGCCCAAGCCUCAUGGACCCUUUCUGGCGGCCGUCGAACAGCUCUUGGAUUCACUCAACAAUAAGAAUGCACAGGCGUAUCGACAAGCCAUUCAAGAGGCUGUAGGAUCAGAAGGGGCAAUUUUGGUGGAAGCCAUUCCCGGGCUGUCGGAACUUCUACUACAUGAAGCAAUGACUGAAGUAAGGACGGAAGAAGAAGCAGCAGCCACAGCAACCUACAACAAUAAUGAUAGUUCCACGCUGAGCUUGGACAUGGACAGUAGUGAACAGUCCUUCAAGAUUGGAGCCACCAAGGAACAUCCGGCUCGAUUUGUGUCGGUUUUUUGUCGAUUCUGGCACGCCAUUGCCUCCCAAACUCCCAUUGUGCUGCUAUUGGAUGAUCUUCAGUGGGCAGAUGCCCCUUCUCUCGACAUUCUCAAGGGAUUGCUGCAACCUACCACAGAGCAAACCAUACUUCCCCAAAACAGUCAACUCAUGAUUGUCGGAACGUGUCGUGGAGAGGAGGUUGGCAUUCACGAUGACUUGUCAGUACUCUUGCGAGACUUGGAACAACAUGCCACAGUACUCAUUACUGAAAUCAAAGUACACAAUCUCACCAUUCCCGCCAUGGCCUGUAUGAUUGCCGAUGCACUCGACAUGUACCUCCAAGAUUGCAUGCCCUUGGCGGAGAUUGUACAUGGACAAACCAACGGAAAUGUCUUUUUUGCAAAGCAAUAUCUACGCAGUUUGGUGGACGAUGGAAUACUCUACCAAACUGACAACACCAACGUUUGUAAGGGACAAGAAUGGCAAUGGGACGAAGCUGCCUUGGUACUCGCAUUGCCGUCGUCCGCUUCUGUCAACUCGAGUAGUGGAGAUCUCAUUAUUCAAUUGCUGGCCCGAAAACUACAGAUGCUGCCACCCAACGUCUUAGAAAUUGUCCAAACCAUUGCCUGCAUGGGAAGUACUUUUUCCGUUGGGAUACAAGUCCACGCCACGACAAUGACAUCGUCACAAAUACUAAGCUCCCUGCAACUGGCCGCCCAACACGGUUUUCUCGUGUACAAUCCACAACUCGGCACGGGGACCAUUCCCCACGACAAAUUUCGCGAAGCACCCCUGUCCCUGAUUCCACUCGAGCAACGACCCCUUGUCCAUCUCACCAUUGGACGCAACUUACGACGACAAUUAUCCACCGCGUUGGUCAAGGCCAACGUCAUUCUCAUUGCGGAUCAAUUACAGCACGGAUUGCAUCUCGUUACAAAAGAAGACGAACAGGACGAUUUUGCACGCUUGUACUUGAGAGCUGGAAAGGAAGCUGCCAAAAAGUCGGCCUUUUCGGCUGCGUCCAAAUACGUCGACCACGGCAUUGGACUGUUGGGCCAUCGACAUUGGCGCGAUCAGUACAAUCUCAGUAUUGAACUAUACAGUACCGGUGCUGAAUUGGCCUAUUGCAUUGGAGAUUCCGAGACGGUCGAAACACUCGCCACAGCUGUCAUUGCCAAUGCCCGAUCCAUGACCGACAAGAAUCAAGCCAUUGUCACGCUCGCAUUGUCGGUCGGAGGACGAGGAGAAUCGUCCAGAGCCAUUUCAAUUUGUCGCGAUGCACUGGCAGAACUGGACAUGCCAUUUCCACAAGCACACACCGAAUGGGGUACCCUACUGGAACUGGUCCGGGUCCGACAUGCCAUUGGCAAGCGCACCGAAGAAGAUAUCAUGACAUUGCCCGAAUUGCAAGAUUAUUCCAAAACCAUGACGGCCAUGAAAAUUCUAUACAUCAUGUUCAAUCUACUAGAGUCCAUGAAUUCCAAAGCGUCCGCGCUGCCCGUCUUUCGACUGGUACGACUGACACUAAAGCAUGGAUUGAGUCCGUUAGCUGGUCUCGGCUUUCAUCUCUAUGGUACUUGCUUGGUCAAGUUGGGAUACUUGGAAGAGGGAUAUCGGUUCGGACAAAUGGCCACGAAAAUCAUGGAACGUUUCCCCUCCAAACAACUGCAAGGAAAUGUGCAGGUUGUAUUCGCGGUUGCAGUAUUGCCGUCCAAACUGUCCUUUCGAGAAUGCAUUGAGCCCAUUUGGAAUGCCGGGGUCAUUGCCAUGGAGGUGGGAAACACGGAGAUGGCAAUGGCGGGCAGGGCUCUCUGCAGCAGCCAUCGAAUUCUUAUUGGUGACCCGAUUCCCGAUAUUUUCAAGAUACUCAACAAAACCUCCAGUCUCUGUCAAACCUACCGGCAGUACAAGGUUGGCAUGGCGACAAGCCUGGCCUUGCAGUUAUGUCAAAACUUGCAGGGCAACGUCAAAGAUCCUCUGAGUAUGACAGGGGACUACGUGCAAGAACGUGAAAUGACAAAACGACUCAAGGAGGGAGAUGUCGAGAAUCUUUUGGUCAUGCUCCUGCACUACAAGUACAUGCUGGCUGCACUGAUGAAUGAGAAUAGAUUUGCCGAUGACUUGUAUCAACGACAACGAGACAGCUUCAAGGGAUUCUUCAUGCCAUUCCUUCCAAUCUACAAUCGGAUGUACCGAGGUUUGGUCUGUGCUGCCCUGGCCCGUGAGUCCACAGGCUGGAUGAGGCGUCGCAAGCUGGCAGAUGCCAAGAAGCAGUACACCAAGAUGAAGAAUUCACUUGUGCACUGUCCCGGUAACUGCGUGAACAAAAUGUACUUGUUAGAUGCCGAGUUGGAAUUCUGUCAUGGCCGGUACUCAUCCGCUGUCUUGAAGUAUGACAGGGCCAUUGCCUCGGCCGAAAAGGAAGGAUUCAUCAGUGACCAGGCCAUUGCCUGCGAGAAGGCCGGUAGAAUGCUAUAUCAGGCAAGACGCAGCGUGGAGGCCGAAACCUAUUUGGAAAAGGCUCGGUUGCUCUACAUGGAGUGGGGCGCCCAGCUCAAAGUCGACCAAAUGGAAUUUAUGAUCAACAACCUUAGAGCGUAAACCACAUAUCUGCCUGGUAGAUGCUUUCCUGUUUCCGUUCGAUUGUUGCCGAGAAAAGAGUUGCAGGUUUGAGAGUUCGAAGCAAAGAUCUGUGGGAGCUCCGCCACGGUCUCCUGGUGACAUUUCGGGUGCCUGGUCGCGCAAAUGCACGUAAACCCGGAGUAAACAUCUUCAGGCAAAUUACAGGAAUAGUAUCGAAACCUCUUUCUAUUUUCACAAACUGCGGUUGUUAUGCAUACGAUUUCUUUUGUGUAUCAGCGUGCUUUUAGAUUCUGCCUAGCUACGGUAGCUAGCUCGUCAUCUGCUUUCUUGUAUUUGACACACCAGUGAAGGCAGAUAGGGCUUCAAAGGCGGCCUUUUGCUUCUUUGGAUCACUGUACUUCCUGGCCCAGCGAAGAGAGCUUUGAUCACUGAUGACACAUUGGAAGCUUCCACGGAGCAACUAGCUAAUGGAGACGAGACGAGAUGAGACAUACAGACUAUGGAAACAAGCCUGACUCAAAUCAUAAGCAAAUAGAAGCUAGACCGUCUUAAACAGCUAGAAAAGUAACUGUGACAUCAGCCAGCAGCUCGUGUGGUUCUCGAUAUUCCUUUCCCCCCAGAAGACGCCCAAUUAUUGUGAUUAGUAAUGAUUGCACUCUCUCCCCAGGCAAAUUCCCAGAAAGUGCAGAGAGAGUGCAUCCCCGUCUCCCCGAUGCAAUCGCACAUGCUGGUGGCAGAAAAUAGCUGUACCAGAACAUCUCCGAUUCCAUCGUCGGUUGUGUAUGCAUUGUUGGCUGUCAUCCCGAGACAGCCAAAUAAGUAUUCCUUGAUAUGUAUGUAAUGUGUAGUUUUGUGAGAUGGCAAUUGUUCAUGAUCAGAAAAGACCGUCAGCCUUCCAAACAAAGGGCCUUUGGCCGACGGAAGAUCAAAACAAGAGCAGCCCAAAGAUUGAUGAGCUCGCAUUGGAGCAAAACGCAACGCUCCCAUCUAGACAGCGGUAACCUUGAUUUGUUCUCCAGAAUGAACUGCAGACAAACCAGAAAGUGCCCACUCAGAUGACUGAGAUGACAAAAAUCGGGUUGGAGGUACGGACAGUCCGCUGUUGGAGGCCGAAGUACUUCCUGAGAACAGCUUCUGGAUGUCCUUGAUCACAGCCUCAGUGGUCAGGGUUUCGUUGUCCAUGACCCAAUCCUUGUCUUCUAAGCCCCCAUAAUGUUCAUCGAGAUCGGCGGUGUCCAUCUCAGCAUCACUGCUGCCACAGUCGCUCAAGUCACUGUCCUCGACUGGGACGAACCUUUUGAAAACGUCCAAGUCGGAUGCAAGAGGAAUCAUCUGCCCAGAGAUCCCAGAACUCUGCUGAGGCUGUGACGCCUUCUUGUAGAUUCCAUUGUCACAGAGGAGACCCAAGACUGUCCAGUUCCCACCCUUGACGUGUCCCUUGCUCGCUCCAUGCGUUAGCCUCGCUUUCGACUGAGCUGAAUUAAUUGGCAACGGCUCCAACAUGCAGCAGCUGUCCUCAUCGAUAGUGUUGAUACCGAUGAUAGAUUCUUUCCCGUGGAUCAAGUCGCAUGUCAGGCUAGAACAGGACGGGGUGAAGUUGAGAGUCGGCAUUUCGACAAUGUGCUCUUCAUGGGAGACCAUAGGACGACGACGACGAUCUUUGUCAGGUGUCACCACAACAAAGGGAUGCACUGCCUUGCCUAGUCCUUCUUUCGCGAACAUGCUAUCUGCAGCCUGAAUCUCGCGCAUAGCAAGGGCACCAACCUCGGAGAACUCGAACUCCGGCACAGGAAUUGGUGAUUUUAAAAAUUCGUUUCCUUCCUUGGUUUUAAAAAUGUCGGGAAUGACAGAGUCCAUUUUGGCGAGGACUUGAGCAUGAGACUUGGCUGUAGAGGGACGUCUGGAAGUAUGGGCCUUGGUUGGUUCGACUUUGGUGUCAGAGUCGUCCAUAUCAUCAGGGCUGACUGAGAGAUCAGUGCACGUUGCGGCCGCCUCCUCAAACAGUUCCAUGAUGGCUGCGGCCUUGGUGCUCUCUUCAAUCUCGCCAAGACGAGGGAUGCCCUUAUCAGCGGGCUGCUUCAUGUCUUCGAGAAGAUCCAUAAUGAAGAUGGGAACUUCUUUCUUGCUUGCCUUGGGGCUGGUACCAGCAGUGCUUGACAAAGUUCCCCGUCGAAUGGGUGUAAGAGGAGGCAAUUCCAAUCCUGGCGAACUUGUUUUCACGCUACCGGUAGCUUGGGGGGACUUCUUCGAGGUUUCACCGGCAGCUUUCCCUUUGGGUUUCUUGGUCGACACCAACGACUUCUUCUUCUUCUGAACAGAGGAGGCAUUGGUGGAUGAGCUUCUUCUUGGGAGUAAGAACCCUCUUUUCGACUGAAGAGGUACUGGUACUGGUAGCACUUGCUGAUCUCUUCUUGUUCUUGACAGCCAUAUCUAAAAAGGACAUCUUCUUUGCAGUUACACAAGGUUUGGCAGCGGAGUCGGUUCUCUUUUCCACAGGAUAAUUCGCAGCAACAACUCCAGCACAAGAAUGAAUGCUGGCUUGGGCGAACUUGGAGCGCUUGAUAGUGGCUAGGGCAGUGGACAGAACAAUCUCGUUUGUCUUUGCAAUAUUGGUGUUAGUAACAACAACCUGAGAUUUCAGGGCGGCAGCUGCGGCACUCUGGCUCGCACGGGAUCGGGUAGAUUUGACAUUCUGUCCACGAUGGGCGUCGGUUCGAAAGAAAUCCU